AUGCACCGAGCUCUCCUUAUUCACGAAAUAGCUGUACGGAUCGCUGAAUGGGCGGUUGCUCUCUCAGAGUUCGGUGACAUCAAUUUGUUAAACCUCGCUUUCACCUGCAAAGCAUGGUCGGAAAUCGCACUUGAUGCACUAUGGUCUACUAUUCAUGAUCUCCACCAUGUCUUGCGUUUGAUACCUGGAUAUCGAUAUGCCGAGGGUGGCGGGGCCUACGGCUGGGGAUUCACGCGUCCAAUAUCGCAGUUGGACCUGGAUCGUUUUCGUUACUACGCAGGCAGAAUCAGGACACUGGACAUGGACUAUCCGGGAGCGAAAAUCGACGUCAGUAGCGUUCUCCGUACACUAAACAUCCUCAAGCCUCCCCACCAUCAUCUCUUUCCCGAGCUCCGAUCCCUCCGCUUCGAGUUGCAUCCUAUGCAGGCAGAUCUUGCGGCUAUCUGUAUCGGUCCACGGCUCCAAACCGUCGAAAUCCAUUUCAGAGAAUCUGACGAAGGCGAGGUCUGGAUGACCUACCGUCCCGACGUGCUACGACGGUUCCUGCUCCAGCUCGUAAAAUUUCCUACGCCUGUGAUGAUCAAUGCGCUCAAUCUUCAGCUGCCGACGCUAGAUUAUAGCCAUUUGACGCUCGUCGCUGGAUUACGCUCGUUGAGCCGGCUAUCGCUCUGUACGCACAGCAUGUUGAACGACCCCAAGUUCUUAGACUCCCUCCGCCAGGUUUGCUCCAUGCCGUCCGUCGUGGAUCUCAUCGUUCACAUCUACUGGUGGGGCCCGGAGAGAGAUCAUGACCAUUCUGUGUGUUUCCGACCAGCGGCGUCCGUGUUCGGAUCCCGCCAUACGUACGCAGGUGGUCUCCCCAGUCUCGGGCAGCUCGCGGCGGUCGUUCCGGAGGCUCCCGAGAUGAGUUGGAACGCGACCUGGGACGAGCUACCAGAAGAAUGGGAGCCGAUGUUCGAAGCCCUCUUUCAGCGCCCCGCGCACCUCCUUCGGUCCCUGGGUCUUCAUUCCCGGUCGGCGCAGUCGGAGCAACCGCCCCCGACGGCCAUGUUGCGCAUGCCGCUGUACGAUCAGCUCCGCGAGCUGAACAUCUCCGUCCCGUUCGACUGGACGGACGAAGCCGUCGUCCACGUCGCGUGCUCGUGCCCGGCCCUCGCGUCCAUGUCGCUUCUCUUCGACGAUCAUCCAGAUGACAGCCAGCUAUACCGCGUUUCCACCACGCCCCGCGUGCUCGCGUCACUCGCGAUCACUUGCGAUCGCCUGGAGCGCCUGCGUAUCCACGUCAAUCCGCGACUUCAACUACCAGAAGCACCAGCCACCCCGACGUCUGGGUUCGAGGGAAACACGCGCCUGCUCGAGCUGUACGUUCGAUUCCUGCCUGCCUUUGACUACCCCGCAUUCUUCGAGGAACACGUCAAAAAGUUAUAUCCCAAGCUUAAGAAAGGUCGUGAGGUGGAAGGACCGGCAAUGCUGUGGAAAGCCGAAGGAGGACGCUAGCGCGGCGAUGCGAUUUGCGUCGUCGAUUAUAGACAAGCGGUCACAUAAAACCUGCAUAAUAUAACCGCCCUGUAACAAUAUUAACAUGCAACAAUCUAGUCCAAUAAUA